AUGCAGGCAAACGGCAAUGGGGCCAUGGCGGUUGGCCCAACCCCCGCCGGCCAUCAGGCCGAGCUUAAUAUUAUAUACGGCAUGGUCGAAGAGCUGUCCCGCCAGCUUGCAGAGAACCGGCGCGUGACCGAGGACAUCGUAUCAAGUCUCGGCAGGGUGCGCAACCGUGCCCGCGAGCGCGGUCUCUCCAAUGACGAUGUGCUUGACGAAGCCGCCGCCGAGAUCUUUUCCCAGGAACCCAACAUGGAGGCCGCCAUUUCCAUACUGACCGAAUCCCUUGACCGCGCGAAGAACUCUCGAGAUGCCAACCUCGACCUCGUCACAAAAUAUGCUCGCGUCCUCGCCACUAUCCUCGGCCAGUUCCAUACCUACAAGGAGAAACACAUCGCCGACGUGUCCGCGUGGCAUCGUUCAUAUCGAGCCCAGCUCGCCGAGGCUCGUGCCGAGAACUCGCGGUUGCGCGAGCAGAUCUGGGACAUGCAGGAGCAUGCGGGCAAGGCCAAUGCGAUGCUGCGGGAGUUCAGGAAAAAGUACGACGAGGACGAGAAGCGCUGGGACCAACGCGUUGAGGAUAAGGCCCGGAAGCAGGAACUUCGCUUCUGGAAACGCUUGGCCAUGCCCGAUGUCGCUGACGACGAGGAAGGCUACUGGAGCGAUGACGACGAUCUCAUUGACCCAAUGGAGAAAGAACGCCUGAAGGAGGUCGAGCGCAAGAUUGCGGAACAGAAUCUGGCUAGCUUGGCAGCGGGCAGUCAGCACAGUGAGGACGACUCGGAUGGCGAUGGUGAGCUCGCCCAUCCACAAGGCAUUCUUGGUGGUGUGGCCAUGGAGCGCGAACGGGAUGGCUCAAUGCCAACUCCUCCGUCGAGACCAGCAAGUACAGGCAGCACCGGCGACCGUCUAGGAUAG